CCUAUACUCUAGUGGGUGUAGAAACAAUGAAUAAUGCGUUUUAAUACUCGCUAAGGUGGACCCAAAGAAACAUGGACCUGGGCUAGAACCGGAUCUUAUAUGUGAAAUGAUGUUCAGCGAUGAUUUUACCAUCCUGCAAAGGAACUUCCGAGAUCAAAUAAAGAAUGGAGCUAUGAAAUGAAAGGAUACAAGGCUCGCGGUAAUCUGUCGUGCCUCGGAGCUUCAACGCGAACAACCUACCUAGGAUAUUUGGGUAAUUUCUGUAAGUUGUUGUUAUGAAUACAAUUAGAAUCGUCAUGGAUUCCUAGAGAUCGACGUCAGGUUAAAACAAAACAUGUGUUCAUUUCAGAAGUGACAGUAUCAUCUUCAAAGAUCGAUCUAUUUCAUCAUGUCUCAAAUUCUAGCGCAAUCACCAAUUGCGCAUGGUCGCUUGUUACAACCGCUUCCGGCAGUACGAGAACAAUCCAAACUUUCGGAUGUUCCGUCUUUGAAAAAAAUAAGCAACAGAAAGAAAUCUAGAACACGACGAGAUUCCAUGAUUUCUUUGCUCAGACAGGAUUUGGGAGAUAUAGAAUCUCUUCCGGCCGUUCGGAAGUAUCGAUACUCAUUAGACAGUGCAAUGGACGACAACCGAUCCGAGGUAUUCUCGUCUUUUUCUAACCUAAGUACAAGUCGUGUCCAUCGCAGAAGAAGUAGUCUGUUUGACAAACCUGUCAGACGUCGGCAGUUAUCGACCAACUCUGACAGCUCGGGUGAAAUUCAAGUGACGGAAUACGAAAUGAAGAAGAUUGCAAUGCUCCAAUCCCUCAAUGCAAUGGGCGGGAAACUUCCGAACCGGAACAUGAACCGCCAAAUGUCUGUUAGUGAGGUAGCAAUGUACGAGGAUCUUGCCCUAAAGAAGAAGACGAGUCUAACGACGAGGAUACUAGGGAUAACGACGAACAGAUGUAAAAGACCGCGUCGCCAAAGUCAGUCGAAAGAUCGGGCGUCGCUAUCGACACCAGUCAAAACCCCCGAACCAAGUCACGAGAGCAAGGAUAAAAUGAAACAAAUUGUCGACAUAAUGAGGAAGAAAUCAAGUUCCUCACCAGUACCGGUUCCGGGUCAAACAAAACGUCCAUCUUUAGGGGGAUCGGAACCAGGCACAGAGGUUUUAAAUAGUUUUCGUCGGAAACUGAUUCGAAAAAGGAAGAGAAAGCCGUAUCAGAGGUUUCGUAACCUUGCCAGGUUUUUGGUCGUAUUACUGAGAGCGUGGAGAAUCCAUUCGCAAUCAGUGGGUGAAAUGCUUGGACAAUUUGGAACGUUGGAUGCAAUGACAAAUUCAGCAGGAGCCUCUAAUCUGCUCUUUGACAUCACAGACUACAAAGCGUCGAAACAGGCAAGUGUGUCCAACGAAACGAGAAGAAUACUAAUGAAGCGACCAAAAGAAAGGACAGAUGAUGAGAUUCACUACUUACAGACGGCCCUCAGGAACUACAAAUCAAUAGCCGAGUACCCUGUAAGGAUGCAGAAACUCAUCGCACAGAGGGGCUGGCUAGAAUCAUACGACUCUAAGCGAGUGAUAGUGCGUGAAGGCCAUAUAGCUCGUGGUUUUUACUUCAUUCUGACUGGAGCAGCUGUCGUCUCAAUGUUGGAUACCAAGACCAAACAGGCUAAGACAGUACUUUUUCUGAACCGCGGGGACAGUUUUGGAGAACAGGCGAUUAUGACACAGUCCCUUCGUCAAACUACAGUCAUAUCUCGUGAAAAGAUCGAACUUCUCGUCAUGGGCGAUACGGAUUUCGUGGACAUCUUCAUGUCUGGUGGACUGCGAGAUCCAAACGAUCCCUUCCUAAGGGAUAUACCAUUCCUUGCAGACUGGCCGAUCGAAAAGCUUGCACAGCAUCCGAAGAAGGCAAUACUUAGUUACUUCAAACGGGGGGCCAUUCUAGUACCAGACAGUAAAGAUAGUGAAUGGUUGUUUGUUAUCAAGUCGGGAAGUUGCAGCAUAUUCAAGAAGCUGGAACACGUGAAUCCCAAAAAGUUUAGAAAACCUACUCGAGAGAUUGGUCACAGAGAGAAAUUGGUGACAGCAGCGAAGAAUGACCAUGUGAUUUCACAUGAAGAUCAGAUAACUCUGUUACGUGAAGACGAAAUCAAACGACUGGAGCAGAAAAAUCUCUACUUCCGCUUUUAUGCUCUACCGGAAAUAAACAUUGCAACAAAUGCAGCUUAUCAAGAACUCAGGAAAUUGCACUACGAGCAUAUUAACCAAAACCACGUCACGCGAGCGUUAGGGAACUUAGGAGCGAUGUCCUUACAUGGUGGAGAGACAGAAUCGAUUAUAACAGAAGCCGAGUCUAAAUACAGAGAACAGGCUCAAGUGGAGGUGAAGAAUUUCCGGAAAAAAUCAAUAGCCAACUUGCACAAUCUAGUCGCUAAGGGCCCCUUCCUGAAACCUAAACAGUUGCCUUCUGAUGACGGUUACCGACCUCUCUCCACGACAACAUAUGGGGACGAUUUUGAGACAGAGUUAGAUCGGAGGAGAAAGCAGGUGACCAUUCGAUCGGAUACGCCUGAGAGUAUGCCCCCUGCGCCACAAGAAGACCCACCGACGUUUAUUGAAGUGCGAAUCCUACAGAAAGGAAUGUCCUUUGGAAUAGAGGAGCUUGUGUUUGAUAACCAGCCGGGAUUCAGCCUCGUCAGUAACGGUGUGGAGGUCAUGAUGAUGAAUAAGAAGUUCUUCCAAGAAUAUCUUAAUAAUGACAUGCUGGUCAGAUUGAAAGAAAAGACAUUUCCGUAUCCGUCGGAUGACGACCUGCAAAAGAGCCUGGAGUUGCAGUUGUCGUGGAACUAUCACAAAGAGGCGGAAGUGAACAACACCCUAAGAAGUAUUAAACUCAAACGUUCCACACCAGGUGAUGCCAGGGCUAUUUUAGAAAUUCCGGCAGAAAUAAAGUGAUGAUGCAAUAACAGUCCAGGAAUAAUUCACCUUUGAUAAAUGUCAACAUUCGGUAGACUUUGAGAGGCUUGAAAUUCGGGUAUAUCAUCAUCAUUGCAUAAGCAUUGUCACGAAAUUCUCAACUGGCAGGUUCUUAUUUAGAAAUAUUUUAAUGAACAAAUAUUUGUUAAUGGAAACACAAAAAACAACUGUUGAUUUGUUAUCAAACAUCAUGAAUUUAGUGCUAGAGGAAAUUAUACAAGAGCGUAUUAAUUGACCAAGUAUACAAUAAUGAAGACAACUUGAGAGCUUCACAGAAGGCCAUUUAUUCGCUGGAAGAUCCAACUUUUGUAGGGAAAACACUAGAAUGUCAAAGGUGGCCACUAAGGAAAAUACGAGAUCUUUCAAUGUGACUGCGUAUUCGACUGAAGCCUGCUGAAAAGAAUCGUAUAAUGGUGGAAUAUAAUAUUUGAAUUGAAGAACAGCUGUCCUAAUUUUAAUGGUCAUGUUUUAACGUAAUACUAUGGAUAAAUAUGUUAAAUGGGACUACAAGGAAUGGUCUGGGAUCAAAUUAUAAUUACAAUAGUUAUGUUAAUGUUCACAAUACAUGUAUUUGCAAUGGAUCUACGAAGAUCAUUAUUUAUUUACUCGGCAUAAUUCAAGGAACAUAGACAUGAGUAUAACGUAUUUAUCACAUUAUUAUCUGCCUUUCUGUCUAUAUUCUCCUUAGCGUAUCUGUGUGUGUGUGUUUCAUUGUCUGUGUCUGUGUCUCUGUAUCUCUGCCUCUCUCUCAGUCUGUAUUCUUCUC